AAAAAAACAAAUAUUAAAGCACCCAAAAAUGCAGUUGGGGAGGUGAGUAGCAGAUGGGAAUUCAAUUCCCUUCCCCUCUUCCCUGGCUAUAAAAUGCAGAGGCAUUUGCCUCAUUUCAAUCAUCCAUCACCAUUCCAUUCCAUCCAUUUCCUUUCCUUUGCUCUGCUUCUGUUCGUAUUUCUUUUGUGGGUUUUGGUAGUGAAACGUUUUCACUACCACGGGUAGAUAGGAGAUUUCCUUGUGAGUGAAAUAGUGAGGUUGUUUGGGAAACACCGUGUGUUCUAUUUCUUGUAUCGAGAAAAUCUCUGUAACCUACCAUUAUUAUAGUAAAGAAAUACUCCGGAGCUGCUGUUCCCGUGGACUGGCCCAAAAUCAGG